CAGCUUAGACAGGUGCUAGCCUCAACCCUAAUAUAUGGGGAAUUGGGAACGAAUUGGUCGAGUUCUAUUCAAAAAAGAAACCCCUUAGAACCAAAACCGGCACAGCCACACACAACAAAGCAAACAUGCAACAUGUACCUCAAUGGACUUUGGAUUUUUGCAGCAUAAAGGAAGGGAAUGCUGGGAAAUAAAAAAAGAUAAGUGAAUAGAACAAAACGACAACUAAAUGGAUAAUUAGCCCUAGUUCUACAUAGAAUCAAGAACUUUAUUCAGUAGCUGUGAACACCUCGAGGAAAACGGUCGCGUUAAAAAAAAAGUUCAAAUUAUAAAAAGGAUAUACAAGGAUAACAAUUAAUUAUUAAGAAAGCAAACUAAAGGAUACGAAACCGAAAUUCAGGAUUACGAAAAUCUUUUAUAAAAAAUUUUAAAAAGCAUAACUCAAAAAUUAAACAAAAAAACAGUGUUCAAAAUGAAGUACUUCGAGUUUCUAAGUCUGUCAUCGGUGGGCCUCAGCAUAGCCUGUGUAGACCUAUUGAUAGCUCUCAGCGUACUUGUACCGUCUAGCUAUUACCUGUACUACGAUUUUAUGGAUAUUGAAAUGUGGGAACAGGAUACCGAAGUAGCUUUGUCUCCCAUUGGAACCUUCUUUUCCACAUUAGUGAAUUAUCUGUGGGUACGAGAGUUUUCCCAGGUUUUCUACAUGACAGCAACGUUUAUAAUUUGGGUAAAGGCAUUGAUAAAUUUAAUGGUGGCCUGCCUUCUUGUCGAUGGCAUCAAACAGAAACGACUCGUGUGUAUUGCUCCCUGGUUGAUCAAUGCUGGUCUUUCAAUGGCCGUUGAAACAGGCAUUUUUGUGAGCCUGGAGCUCAGAAUUGACGAACUUGAUGCCGCAGUGGAUCGUCGGAUAGCGAGAAGCCUAAUUUUGGAAUAUUUUUAGGUGAUACUGAAUGCGCUAUUUUCUUAUGGCAUCCAUGCACUCUAUCGGAAGCUAAAGUCUGCGCCUAGUGAGAACAUGGAAGUCAUUCCCCAGAGCCCUCACACAUUCAGCGCCUGAAAUUAUUUGGAUUACCGUAUAUCCUUAAAGGUUAACUUAAAGCCCUGGUCCAGGAAUAUAUGUUUUGGUCUAAGUA